AUGUUGGCUGUCAAACGCCUAGUCCUGCAUGUCAUCCUGUACUGUCUUUUGACACUAGGUCUUGCUAAGGAGGAUGAGAAAUAUGAUCCUGCUGAUAACUUUCGUCCAAACAAUGUGACAGGCCUGCCCGACUUUUACACCUGGGUUGGAUCAUACUACAAUGCUACUGCAGAGGUUGAUGUAAAGUUUGCUUAUCAAUAUCUCACCCCAACCGACAAAGUAUGCCCGGAGCUCAGAAACUUCACACGCACUUUCAAGUAUGACGCUGUUCUCAGUGUUCUUGAGCCUGGUGCCUGGAACGGUGGGAACAACUCGGUCAUCUUCUGGUUGACACUCAUGCCGCAAACUUCGUCGCCAUUCGAUUUGUCUUUAUUGCCCCAGAGCUUUUUGUAUGAGAAGACCAAUCUUUCAUUCCCCAUUUAUACGGCCGAGCCGACUCCAGGUGGUUACUGGCGUCCACACAACAGAGUCUUCCCCAAUGAAUUCAACUUUACGACCACUCAGGUUUCAAGCAAAGCUUACAAUCUAACCACAACAGUCAAGAAUUCUCAAAAUUCUAACAAUGUAUCGAAUUGGGGCAACGUCACCAUGCCAACUUGCAAUUCCACCGAAUGGACCAAUGACUAUAUAUUUUCUAUGAACAGAGCUAGGUCGUAUUUUGCAAGGGACUGGGACGACUUCAAGUUCCCCGAAGUCAGCAUGCAGUUUGACGACAAGACAGCCAACCUGACCCUGGAUGGUACCUUCUAUGCGCGACCAUAUCGACAAUCCAAUAUGACUGGUGAACCUGUGGGUGGCAGUCCCGAAGUUAUUGGUCAUCUUUCAGUCCGUGUCGCUGGAGUUGUAGACGAGUACCAUUCCGAUGCUCUGAGUCUCAAUGAGAGUGCACCCUCGUGGGAGCGCACUGUUGGGUUCGAGAGUAACCCGUCCAACAUUGGAUACGGGGAGAGUGAUGGCAAACCUCCCAGCCUUGAAGAUCGAGCCGUCACAUCUUUUCACACAAUUGUCAGCACUUCGUACCCUCAGGGCCGGUGGUCAAUAGGAUACGGCAAGAUUGAAGGGAAGGAUGGCUUUUACACUGCCGCCUGUGUUGACGGUCAAUUCGCUGUGAGCGGGAUCUGGGCUGGCUGUGGCGAUCUCAUUUUCACUCGCUGUGUCGGUGCGAGUGCAUUUGCUCGUAGUUCCACAGUGUCCUGUAUGGGGACAUGUUUGACACACAAGAUCUUUGACUACAACGACAAAUCAUCAUCGACUCGAUUCAUUGCUUGUAAUUUCCCAGGGACGUACGAUGGAAGCAUGACCCUCCUAAAGACUCCCAUUGGAGACGCUGCAGAACCGACUUCUGGCGACGGUUCGACCAUGUCGACUGCUGCUGAGACUACAACAGCAUCGACGACGGAUUCUGGAGCGGGAAUAGUCAGAUUAGAGUUACAAUUGUUCUUGAUAGCAGUUAUCUUUGUUUUGUAUUUGUAA